AGCAGUCCUGCAGUGCAUGUAUGCGCGAGAGUUUGAGCCUGGCCGGUCCUCUGCGUGUGUCUUCAUGAAACCCACCCUGAUGUGGGCUGAUUGUUUGCACACCAGGCGCUACAGCACUUCUGAAUCGGGGGAGUUGCAUGCAGGGUUGGAAAUAAAGACACACGAAAUGGAGCGUUCGCUGGAAAUCUCCCAAGCAGGACGUGAACAUGACUCCGACGUAAAGGAUAACAGGACAUGUUGCAUGUCGAUGUGUUUUUGGGCUUCACCCUGUUGCAUCAUAGAGUGCGGAGCAGGCUCCUCCACUCCUCCUCUCGCUGCUACUGGCCUCUCACUCCCUCCCGCCUGCUUCACGCCUGCCAUGGAUACAGUGGUCCUCAGUUCCUUACUGAACGGAGCCCUUCUGCUGGUGUGUGUGGGGCUGCUGCUCAGCUUCUGCGUCAGCUGUGGACAAUCAUGGAGGCAGACUUCUAUCCACCAGUUCAUUCAAGGCGAUCAUCAAAAUGAAGUGUACAAUCCUGGAAACUUCAGAGUCGUGAGGCCUAUGACUACAGUCGUCCCUGACAGGACCCCGGCUCCCUCCUCCCUCAGAUCCUCAUCGCAGGAGCCAGAGCGCCGACCCUCAUACACUCCAACUGAAGAUGAUGAUUACGUCAACCAAGCCAAAGACAAGCAAGGCAAUGGUGAUGACAGCGACAGACAAAGUUACAUAGAGGUUAUACCGGGCGAUACCUCCAGCCCGGCGAAGAACGAGUCUCAGCCCAGCCAGUGUUCAGGCAAUGAUGAGAUUUACGUGAAUGUAGAACAAAAGUCUGUCUCUGCAUGUCCAGGCAUGGAAUCAGGCCAGGCUGGAAACUGUUCUGUGGAAGUUUGCAGCCUGGACAGGCCGGAACCCGCUUCACGCUGCCUCAACAACGGGGAAUAUAUCAACAUGCAGGACCAUGAGAACGGGGGUCUAACACCAGGCAAAUCCCAAGAGAGCAUGGAGAGCGAUGAGAACGACAGCACAGACUACGUCAACACCUCCCCGAAAUAGAGCUUCCACUUUCGUUGUGAUGAGCUGAUUUGUUGGCGGAGGUGUGGUGGCAGAGAAGCAGAGGGAGAAUGUGCCUGCGCCUGUUUUUUUUUUUUUUUUAACUGACAACAGCCAGCAUGAACGUGUCUAGUGCAUAUGACAGUGGGGCGCCCCUGUCUGUCUGUUGCUGCAAUUCCCUGUAUAUGGUCACAGCAACCUUGUUAACAAUCUUGAUUUGAGUGAGCAAAUGCAGGGCCUCUCCCAUACCACUCAGGAAGUUUCAGGUUAGUAGUAAGGGGGGGAGGGCAGGGAUGGCGGGCAGCUUUCUAUGUCAUUUUAAUCUAUUAUCUUGCUGACAACCCCUGAGAAUGUUUAUAGUGAUCAAGUCAGUCAUUUUUAUUUAACAUUUAUUGUCUUUUCAUUUUUGAUAUUGCUACGGUUUUGUUUACAGUGAUCCCCUGCCUAUCGCGGAAGUUACGUUUCAGACCCAUCAGUGAAAAUAUAAACCAUAUAAACAUUUUUUUAUAGUUUAAGGCUUAAAAUACCCCUCUCACAUGUUUUAAACACAUGUAAACUUAUUAAAACUCACUUUGUAAACACAUAGGAUAUUUGGAUAUGAGUAACAUGAUAAUAAUAAUAUGUAAUGUAUACACACAUCGCAGAGAAAUGUGAAGCAUCGGGGGAAAAUCCGCAAUAUAGAGGGGGGUGCGAUAGCUGAACUGCGAUAUAGCGGGGCAUCACUGUAUAUAGCUGAUUCCAUUUAUUUGGCUGUAAAUGUAUGUAAUUCAAAAGGUAGAGUAGACCUUAAACUGUAAAACAAUGUUUUAGAUCCUGUUAUCUGUUGGAUUAACAGCGAUGGUUUCAGGACCACAAACUGAAGACUCCAUGUCCUCUUGGUUGCAGGAGUCUGGUUUACUUACCGUUUUUUCUCUAAUAAAUGUUAAUUGCACAGCA